GAGAGAUUGGGAAUUGGGGCUUAUACUCACGAACCAUGAAAUCAUGACCUCAGCCAAAGUUGGACGCUUAAUCGACUAAGCCACCCAGGUGCCCCACAAGGACAAAAUUUUAAGCCCACCUCAGCAUAGCUUUGCCAAUCUCCCUGCCAUCAAAUGCCCAACAAUCCUUACGGUGGAAAGGUCGGCCUUUUCAUGGCCAUGGCAAUAUUCACCAUGCACCGGGACCACAGAACCCCAGGCAGCAGCAACAAGAUGAAACCCCUCCACACCAUUCCUGUUUGCCUUCCAAAAGCAUGCUGUGUCUAAAUCUCCCUUGUCUAUCCAGACUGAGGCAGAUGAACCCCGGAGGGUUUUUUUGUUUCCUUUUUUUUUUGAGGUCUGUGCUCAAAUGUCGCCUUAUCGCCAUGGGUUCCUGGGAAGGAUCUCUCUCAGAAGAUGCCCUCCCCUCUCCCCCGGGGCUCACCACUUCCUCAUCUGAUUUUCUAUCAGAGUUUAGCAAAAUUUUCCUUAAAGGGACAGGGCCAGUAUUUGCAGCCAUAGUGUUUCCGCAUACGGUUUUUCAACUCUUACUGUAGCACAGAAGCAGCCAUAGGCCACGACCGGAUGGGUAAGUCAGACUCGUACACAAAGUGGUUGGCCGGAUUUGGCCACAUGCCCGCAUUCCGGACCCCUGUUCUAGAUGAAGGCGACUACGGAUCAUCUCGGGUCCUGUCCUUUCCCGUUACGGAAUUGCAAGCUUCUUGAGAGAAGCCACACACUUUUGUUCACUGGAUCUUCAACGCCAAGAGCGACUGGCAUCGACUCCAAUGUUCACGGGAUAACAGAAAUCCAUCCUUGCAAUACCUUCUGGUCCUACUGCGUCUAUUUCCCUCCUCCAGUGGAGGAGGUGCUCCUUCUGCUCCGUCUGUCCCCUCAGGAUGCUUCCCUUGUAUUUACUUCAACUAGACUCCACCCUCCUCUAGAGCAGAGGUGGGUCUCUUCCAUUCUGGAAGCCCCGGGCGCAUCAGAAUACUUAACCGAACACACUCUAUAGAUCUGCACGGAAAGAAGAAAUCGGUCACCACAAGAAGAUCGAGAAGGACCUGGAUCCGGGCUCCUGCCCUGGCCGGUGCAGACAUGGUGCCCCUGCUGCUGCUGCCCCUGCUGUUCGGGGGGGAGGAUCCAGAGUACCAGCUCCGAGUGAAGGAAUCCGUGACCGUGCAGGAGGGUCUGUGUGUCCACGUGCCCUGUUCCUUCUCCUACCCCUGGAAGCCGUGGUAUUCCCGGACGAUGCUCUACAUAUACUGGUUCCGGGACAGGGACACCUCAAGCAACCGUUAUCCGGUGGCUACAAACAACCCACAGAGAGCAGUGAGGACAGAGGCCCGGGGCCGAUUCCGCCUCGUCGGGGACCCCUGGGCCUACAACUGCUCCCUGAGAAUCAGAGACGCCAUGAGGAGUGACGAGGGAGUCUACUUUUUCCGAGUGGAGACAGAAGACGUGAGAUAUACUUACACAGAUAGGACGAUGACUCUGCGGGUGGCAGCCCUGACACAGGAACCCGACAUCCACUUCCCGGAGCCCCUCAAGUCUGGCUGGCCCACAGAGCUGACCUGCAGCCUGCCGGGGUCCUGCGAAGGGGGAAGACCUCUCACAUUCUCCUGGGUGGGGGCUGCUCUGGACUCGCUGGACCCCGAGAGCCUGCACUCCUCGGUGCUGGCCUUCACCCCGAGGCCGCAGGACCAUGGCACCAACCUCACCUGUCAGGUGAAACUGCCAGAAGUUCAGGCCACCGUGGAAAGAACCAUCCGGCUCAAUGUCUCCUAUUCUCCCCACAACCUCACCAUCAGCAUGUUCAGCAAUGUCACAGCCCUCAGCAUUCUGGAAAACACCUCAUCCCUUCUCAUCUGGGAGGGCCAAGAUUUGCGGCUGCUCUGCGCUGCUGCCAGCAACCCCCCCGCCGAGCUGAGCUGGUUCCGGGGGUCCCCUGCCCUGAAUGCCACCCCCAUGUACAAGACCCACAUCCUGGAACUGCCUCAAGUCGGGGCUGCGGAGGAAGGAGUCCUCGCGUGCCGAGCUCAGAACUCGCUGGGCUCCCAGCACGUCUCCCUGAGUCUCUCUGUGGUCUGCCCCCCGCGGCUGCUCGGCCCCUCCUGCUCCUGGGAGGGCGAGGCGCUGGGCUGCACCUGCUCCGCCCAUGCCCGACCGGCCCCCACCCUGCGCUGGCGGCUGGGGGAGGGGCUGGUUGAGGGGAACCACAGCAACGCCUCCUUGACCAUCACCUCCAGCUCCGAGGGGCCCUGGGCCAACAGCUCCCUGAGCCUCAGGGGGCCGCUGGGCUCCGACCUCAGACUCGGCUGCGAGGCCCGGAAUGAGCACGGGGCCCAGAGCACCGACGCUGUCCUGGUGUUGCUGCCAGGGAAGUCGCUCUCCCUGGCAGAAACCGCGACUGCAGCUGUGGGCGGCGCCGGAGCCAUGGCUCUGCUGUGCCUGUGUCUGUGUCUCCUCGUCUUCUGUGUGGUGAAAGCCCGCAGGAAGCAAGCAUCUAGGAGUCGAGAGGGCAUGGCUAAUGAAGACCCUGUCAUGGGUACAGUCGCCUGGUCCCUCAGGAGGUGUCCCUUGAUGGCCACUCCAGCCCUGGUCCGGCUAUGGUGCCGCCACACUGGCCUUCUCGCGGUCUCCCCUACCGCUUGGACCCUUUGCACGUACAGCUCCUCCCACCAGAAAUGCCCUUCUGUCCCCAUUUCCGUCACCCCACUUCACGUAUCAACAUCUUCUGCUCUGGGAAAGCUUUGCCAUUUCCUUCCCUGCCAACGCCCACGCCUCCCUCCUCUAUGUCCCCAGAGCUCCGUGUCCAGCCCCGUCUCGAGGGGCACAUCCCACAACACCACUGCAUUUCGUCGUGUUUGGGAUGUCUUUGCUGGCGGGGGCUGCGGUUGUCUCUCACUCCGCCCCUGCCCACCAUGUCCCUUCUGCCCUUUUAUGAAACUGGGGCCGUGUUGCCCUACAUGGAGUCAUCCAGAAUGCGUUGUUCAUGGCCAGUCCCUGGAACAGGCAUUGUUUGCUUGCACGUACUCGUUUUGUCCAUAAUACGAUGAGCAACGAUGAACCUGCCAUCCAACCUCAGACCUCAGACACCGACAGG